UUUAAAAACCUCUUGGAAUUAAAUGGAGUUUAGCCAGUGAAGGAAGAUUUCUCUUGGAAAAAGUGGUCAAAGUACUCCCAAAUGUAUUUACAUCAAACGGGCAAUAAAUUUUUAGUGCGUGAUGCACGCCACUGUUCGUAAGCCCGCGAAAUCUGAGAAGACGCCGCGGCGCAAGAAGAUCGUGAAGCAACAGAGCGACGCUAUGGAUAUGUUCGUGACUCCAAAACGUCAGAAAAGUGACGAUCUAGAGGUCACGGGUAUCUCCCGCAGUGGCCGCGUGCGAAAAAAAUCUUCCAAACUCGUUGACUUUGAGUCUCCAGAUGAUUUUACGGAUAAUAAAUACAAACGUCAAAAAGCACAGCAAUUACAAACUCAACAAUUGUUGGAUAGAUACGAGUCUCAACAUAUAUCUCCAACUCAGUCUAUGCAACAUGGCAGUGGUGGAAGGCAGAGGAAAAAUUCAAAUUCAAAUUCUGGACAACAAAGAAUUAAGACAGAGCCAUUGUCAGAUAAUGAAGGGCAAUCUUCUGGUUCUGAAUCAGAUGAUCCCUCUGGGUUGAUCGAGGAUGAAAGAUACAGUAUGGAUUCUGGAAGCGAUGAUGAAGUAGAUCCUCUCAUGAUAGAUGAUAGAGAAACAGGGUUUAAAAAGCUUGAACCACCUGGCCAAGAAACACCUUCACAAGCAAAUAGUUUGUACAUGCUUGAGAAAUGUAAGAAAAAACUAAUAAUUAAAGAUGGCAAAAUAAUAGGUAGAAUGAAGGCACAACGAAAAGACAAAGGGAAAACAAGAUUUACUGCUUACAUGUUGUGGGCUAAAGAGAUUAGGCAAGAAUUACUAGAACAAUAUCCUUACAUGGAUUUUGCAGCAAUUUCUAAACGGUUAGGAGAACUGUGGGCUACAGUACCAAAUCUGGAAAAAUAUAACUGGCGCAGACGCGCAAAACGCUUGGCAGCAAAACCUCAUUCUUUACCUGCGAGUAAAGAUGAGCCUGUUUGGAAAAUGCCGCCGCCUGCUUCGCGAAAAAAAUUCAUUAAUAAAAUUGGUAAUGGAAAAGAGCAAAAGCCAGCUACUUCUAAAAAAACUAUUCAACUUGGUCUACCCUCGGUUGUAGGAAAUGUUCCGGUAUCACCACCCUCGAAUCGAACCGGAAAAGAUUUGGUUAAUGAACCAAUGAUUGGCACGGGAAUGUACAAAGUUGUUGGAACUCAUCCCAUCGAUGUAGCCGCUCAUCUAAAGCUUCUUGGCGAAAGUUUAACGAUCAUUGGUGAACGAUUAAAGGAACACGAUGGGCAAAUAGCUGUGUCUGGUAGUCUGUCGGUUUUGCUGGAUUCACUACUUUGCGCACUAGGUCCCUUAAUCUGCCUAACACAACAGGUACCCGAAACUAAUGGAGCUAAACACGAAACACUUUCGCAAAUGCUCGAUAAUAUUGCAUACCUUAUGCCUGGUUUGUAA